AGAAUUCUGACAUUAAGAGAAGUUCUGCUAGAAGAACAUGGCUUUCCUGUGCCUUAAGACCAGCACUCUGAGAUCAUAGCCUCCUCAACUAUGUCUAGGAUGGUGUAUCAGUAUGUUCGCCAGUUUGGUCAGAAGCUGGUCCACAGGCGAGGGGCAGACACCAUAAAGGAGUCUGACGGUCUCAAGAUUCAUCUGAGCGCCACAGAGCUGGUGUUCUUGGGUGUGGGCAGGAACCUGGGAGCCGGCCUGUACAUCGUGCUUGGUGCAGUGGCCAAGUACAUAGCUGGACCAGCGAUUGUCAUCUGCUUCUUGGUGGCCGGCCUGUCUUCUCUGCUGUCGAGGCUCUGCUAUGUGGAGUUUGAUGCACGGGUACCACGCUCCUCUUCUGCGUAUGUCUGCAGCUACGUCAUGAUGGGACAGCUCUGGGCCUUUGUCGUUGGCUGGAACAUCAUACUGUUAUUUUUCAAUUGGUGUUCAAUUUUGUCUGUGAAUGUUCGUUUUUCUGCUGCUGCAGCCAUUGCAUGUACAGCCCGCGCCUGGAGGUACGCCUUUGACAGCCUCAUUGGGGACCGCAUCUCUCAGAAAUUGGAGGAAACUGUCCCUCUGCAUGCACCCUACUUUCUGGCCACGGAUGCAGACUUUUUCGCACUGGGCCUGGUGCUGCUGCUUGCGGUACUACUCGCUCUGGGAGUUCCUGAGUCAGCCUGGGUUUACAGAGUGUUCACGGGCAUCAACCUUUUGGUUCUCAGCUUCAUCAUCGUCUCUGGCUUCAUUAAUGGGGACCUGCACAACUGGAAGCUCACAGAACAGGACUACCCAUUGGCAACAGCUGUAUUCUCAUAUAGCUUGGGCCCUCCAGGUGCUGGAGGGUUUGUGCCUUUUGACUUUGAGGGGGUUGUCCAAGGAGCAGCUACGUGUUUCUAUGCAUUUGUUGGUUUUGCUGCCAUUGCCGCUAGAGAGAGAGGAGACCUCAAGCCUCAGCGGUCCAUCUCCCUGAUCUCACUCCUCAUGUGCUUUUUGGCGUAUUUCGCUGUCUCAGCGGCACUCACCCUCAUGGUGCCCUACUACCAGAUUCAUCACCACAGCCCCUUGCCCGAGGCUUUUCUCCAUGUUGGCUGGGGCCCUGCCAGAUAUGUGGUGGCUGUUGGCGUCCUCUGUGCUCUUACGUCCAGCCUCCUGGGUGACAUGUUCCCCAUGUCUCGGUUAAUCCGUGCAAUGGCAGAGGACGGGCUCCUUUUCCGGGGACUUGCCCGGGUCUAUGGUCACACAAAAAUCCCCGUCGUGGCCAUCAUGUCUUCUGGAAGCCUUGCAGGGAUCAUGGCAUUACUCUUUGAGUUCAGCCACAUUGCAAACCUCAUGGCAGUUGCGUCCCUGCUUGCUUACUCCAUGGUGUCCUUCUCGGUCCUUGUUCUCAGGUACCAGCCAGGUCAGAAUUUAAGUAAGAGUGAGAAAACGGAAGAAGAAACUGAGAUGGAGCUUGUACCUGUAGGAAGUCCUUUGGACUCUGUACCUGAAGCAGGAACCUCAAACAUUCUAAAGAGCCUGUGGUUCCCUACUAGCACCACCCCCACCCGGAAAUCUGGCCAGAUUGUCUAUAGAUGUGCCUUCCUGCUUGUUCUCCUGCUGAGCAUCCUGAGCCUGGUCCUGGCCCAGUGGCCCAGACGUGUGUUCUCUGGAGACCCCGCGCUCACAACAGUGGCUGUGCUGCUGCUGCUGCUCAUCACUGGGGUGACGGCCAUCAUCUGGAGGCAGCCCCAGAGCCCCAGUCCUCUUACGUUCAGGGUCCCUGCUCUGCCUGUCCUCCCGCUGGUCAGCAUCUUCGUGAACCUUUCCUUGAUGAUGCAGAUGACCUCUGGGACCUGGAUCCUCUUUGGCAUCUGGAAUGCCAUUGGAUUUGCCAUAUACUUUGGAUAUGGGGUCCGACACAGCUUGGAGGAGAACAAUGAGCCACCAGCCUCCACCUCCCAGACUCCGGACUAAAACACCCCUAGUGAUGAAGCAUCUUAGCCAAAGGAAAUAGAUGCUGUGUGGACCCCUCCAUACACUGGAGGUAUCCGCUGGUUCAAGGCGCACUUUGAGCCUCUAUGGACUGUGCAAGUGGAAAGCAUUUAGUGCCCUGUAUUUAUUGCCAGUGGACAAAAUGACUUUGCUAUUGUAUAAUUUUUAAGUAAACUCUUUUAAGCUUAAUAUGCAUCAGAAGAUUGCAUGCUUCAUAAGUGUGUAGUAAGAUGAAUCUUCACAAAGAAAGUAUUAUGA